AUGCAACAUUUAAACCGCAUACCGACGCGCCAAUUGAUCGCGCUCACGCAGUCAACGCAUAAAUCUUGGCAGCUGCCACGUGUGCUCUACCAGACACGUUGCUUAGCCACCGUGCCUGUGGGUGAAGUGUUGUUUCCCUCGAAAUCUGACUUCCCCAGUCGUCAUAUUGGACCGCGUAAAACGGAUGUGGUCGCCAUGUUGGAUACGCUGGGCUUUAAAUCCUUGGAGGAGCUGACGGAAAAGGCUGUGCCGAAGCGCAUACAAUUGAAGCGUGAUCUCAACUUGGAAAAGCCUUUAAACGAACAUGAGCUCGUGCGCCAUAUACGUGAAAUCGCGAAGCGCAAUGAGAUUUGGCGUUCGUACAUCGGUAUGGGUUACCACAACUGUCAUGUGCCCCAUACGAUUGUCCGCAAUGUUUUUGAAAAUCCUGGAUGGUUUACACAAUACACGCCCUAUCAGCCAGAAAUUGCCCAAGGCCGCCUUGAAUCACUACUUAACUAUCAAACUUUGGUUGCCGAGUUGACGGGUUUGGAUGUGGCGAAUGCAUCGCUAUUGGACGAGGGUACUGCCGCCGCCGAGGCCAUGAGCUUGUGCACGAGACACAACAAGCGCAAGAAGAUCUACCUGUCAAACAAGUUGCAUCCACAAACUUUAUCUGUGGUGCAGACACGCGCUGAAGCUCUGGAGUUUGUGACAGAAAUUGGACCGAUCGAGAACGCUGAUUUGGAGGGACGUGAAAUAUCAGGCAUCCUGUUGCAGUACCCCGAUACUUUCGGUGAUGUUAAGGAUAUUGAGAAUAUUGCAGAGAAGGCGCGUAAAAAUGGCACUCUAACUGUGGUCGCCACUGAUCUGCUUGCGCUAACACUACUCCGUCCACCCGCUGAAUUCGGCGCCGACAUUGCUAUCGGUACAUCGCAACGUUUGGGCGUGCCGCUGGGUUAUGGCGGUCCCCAUGCUGGCUUCUUUGCCUGCAAGCAGAGUUUGGUGCGUCUAAUGCCGGGCCGCAUGAUUGGCGUUACGCGUGAUAUGGACGGUAACGAUGCCUACCGCUUGGCAUUGCAGACACGUGAGCAGCACAUACGUCGUGACAGGGCCACCAGCAACAUUUGCACCGCGCAGGCUCUGCUCGCCAAUAUGUCUGCUAUGUACGCCGUAUACCACGGUCCCGAGGGGCUGAAAGAAAUAGCUAAUCGUGUACACCACUUUACGCUGGCGCUGCAAACGGGUCUGCGUGAAGCAGGCCAUCAAAUAAAUAACAAACACUUCUUUGAUACACUGCAUGUGACACCGUCGGAAAGCUUGUCGAUUGAUGAGAUCAAAAAGCGCGCCGAGCAGAAACGCAUUAACUUCCGCUACUUCCCUGAUGGUAGUAUAGGUGUAGCACUAGAUGAAACUGUGGGUCCGCAAGACGUUAAUGAUCUGUUGUGGGUCUUUAAGUGCAAGUCGUUGGAUGAAAUACUAGCCACACAAGAUAUACUCACAAACUCCAUCGAGCGCUCCAAGUUUUUGCGCACAUCUCCGUUCUUGCAGCACCCGAUAUUUAGCUCGCACCACAGCGAAUCACGCAUGGUUCGUUACAUGAAACGUUUGGAGAAUAAAGACAUUUCUCUCGUACAUUCCAUGAUACCACUCGGCUCUUGCACCAUGAAGCUUAAUUCCACUACCGAGAUGAUUCCAUGCUCCUUCCGUCACUUCACUGAUAUACAUCCGUUUGCGCCUGUCGAACAAGCAAAGGGCUAUCAUCAAAUGUUCAGCGAACUCGAGAAGGAUCUCUGUGAGAUUACCGGUUAUGAUAAGAUUUCUUUUCAACCAAACUCUGGCGCUCAAGGAGAAUAUGCUGGUCUACGCGCUAUACGCAGAUAUCAUGAACACCGCAAUGAGAGCCAUCGCAAUGUCUGCUUAAUUCCCAUCUCGGCGCAUGGCACCAAUCCCGCGUCUGCACAAAUGGCUGGCAUGAAAGUCGAACCUAUACGUAUUCUCUCUGACGGCAGCAUCGAUAUGGCACAUUUACGCGACAAAGCAGCAGAGCACAAUAACGAUUUGUCCUGUCUGAUGAUCACCUAUCCAUCCACAAUGGGUGUAUUUGAGGAGACUGUUGCUGAUAUAUGCGAUCUGAUCCAUAAACAUGGCGGACAGGUAUACUUGGACGGCGCUAAUAUGAAUGCACAGGUGGGUCUAUGUCGUCCCGGCGAUUAUGGCAGUGAUGUCUCUCAUUUGAAUCUACACAAGACUUUCUGCAUACCACAUGGUGGUGGCGGCCCUGGUAUGGGUCCGAUUGGCGUAAAAGCACACUUGGCACCCUAUUUGCCAGGUCAUCCUGUGAUUAGUCCUCUAGAAUGUGAGCAGGAAAGUUUUGGUGUAGUUUCGGCAGCACCAUUCGGCUCCUCUGCAAUUCUGCCAAUUUCCUGGUCUUACAUCAAGCUUAUGGGUAGCCGUGGACUUAAACGUGCAACCCAAGUAGCCAUUCUUAAUGCGAACUACAUGUCUAAGCGUUUGGAAAAUCACUAUAAAACCUUGUAUAAGUCAUCGAAGAGUCAACUUGUGGCACACGAGUUUAUUCUCGAUUUGCGCGAUCUGAAGAAGUCGGCCAAUAUUGAGGCGGUAGAUAUUGCGAAACGUUUAAUGGACUAUGGCUUCCAUGCGCCCACUAUGUCUUGGCCUGUGGCAGGCACUUUAAUGAUUGAACCGACAGAGUCUGAGGACAAAGAAGAGUUGGAUCGCUUCUGUGAUGCGAUGAUUUCAAUACGUGAGGAGAUUACCGAGAUCGAAGAGGGACGCAUGGACAAAGUCGUGAACCCAUUGAAAAUGGCACCACACACACAAGCACAGGUCAUCUCGGACAAAUGGAACAGACCAUAUACCCGCGAAUUGGCUGCCUUCCCAGCGUUAUUUGUUAAGCCCGAUUCAAAGGUUUGGCCCACUGUUGGAAGAAUUGAUGAUGCCUACGGCGAUAAACAUUUGGUUUGCACUUGCCCGCCCAUCUUACCCGACCUGUAAACACCAUAUUGGAAUUUUCUCGUUCGAAAAUGUGUUCUCUUUUAAUAGUGUUAAUUUUAAGUUCAAAUAUUCAAUUAAGUGUAAAAUAAAAAAAAUAUUCAGUUAUUAAUCUAA